CCACAUGCAGACUUCCUUUUCAAAUUCCUGGUGAUCGGCAGUGCAGGAACUGGCAAGUCAUGCCUCCUUCAUCAGUUCAUUGAGAAUAAGUUCAAGCAGGACUCUAACCACACCAUCGGUGUGGAGUUUGGAUCCCGGGUGGUCACCGUGGGGGGCAAGACUGUGAAACUACAGAUUUGGGACACUGCCGGCCAGGAGCGGUUUCGGUCGGUGACGCGCAGUUACUACCGAGGGGCAGCUGGAGCCCUGCUGGUGUACGACAUCACCAGCCGAGAGACGUACAACUCCCUGGCUGCCUGGCUGACUGACGCCCGAACGCUAGCCAGCCCCAACAUCGUGGUCAUUCUCUGCGGUAACAAAAAGGACCUGGAUCCCGAACGUGAGGUCACUUUCCUAGAGGCCUCCCGCUUUGCCCAAGAGAACGAGCUGAUGUUCCUGGAGACCAGCGCUCUCACGGGCGAGAACGUAGAGGAGGCCUUCCUGAAGUGUGCACGCACCAUUCUCAACAAGAUUGACUCAGGCGAGCUGGACCCCGAGAGGACGGGCUCGGGCGUUCAGUGUGGCGACGCGUCCCUGCGCCAGCUGCGGCAGCCUCGGAGCGCUCAGGCCGUGGCCCCGCAGCCCUGCGGUUGCUGAGACCUGCAGAGCCAGCUUCCCAGCUCUCCAGGACCAGCCUUGCCAUUCCGGCUGGGGCCCAGACCCAGGAGGCCCCAGGCCCCAGGAGGCUGUGCCCCAACCUGCCCAGCCCCAGGAAAGCUGCCCCACCACUGCCACCUGUCCUCCUUCCCUGGCCUGGUGGGGCCUGGCUUUGGGGCAAGACUGAGCCACGGGGGAAGGGGGUACCCCUACCUGCUGCUGCUUCCUCUGUCUUGGCUCACCUCUGUCCUGAGCCCCUGUACCCCAAGAGCUCCCAAAGCCUGAGACCAAGGCCAUUUGGCCCCAUCUUCCUGCCUGGCCCUGCUGCCGCGAGUACGAGUUAUUUAUUACCUGGAGGCCUGUCUGUUGGCCCGCCCCGCCCCUCCCUUCUCCUCCCCUCAUAAAGCAUUGUUUACACCUGUG